CCAUCGCCUCACCACUCAGAUAUACGCUGCGCGCCUCUGUGCAUAGGCGCAAACCGCAAUUCGCUUCCAGAUCACAUUUUCACACGUCGAAACCGCUACUUAGCAUAGCACCAGACAUGGCCGACGAUCAACCCAAGGGACUGAUUGCGAACAAGGGCAUUGAGUUGCUCACUUGGGGCACGCCCAAUGGCUGGAAGGCUAGCAUCCUGCUCGAGGAGCUCAAGGAGGCAUAUGGCAAAGAAUACACGUGGCAGGGCAUCAACAUUGGCAAGAACACACAGAAGGAGCCCUGGUUUACCAAGCUGGGACCCAAUGGGCGGAUUCCCGUGAUUGUGGACCACGACCAGGGUGGUUUUGCUGUGCAAGAGGGGCUUGCUAUCCUCACAUAUCUAACGCGUCACUACGACCCUGAGCACAAAUUCAGCUUCUCGGAUCCGCUCGAUGUCUCACGUGCAGAGCAAUGGAUGGCUUGGCAACACGGCGGCCUGGGGCCGAUGCAAGGGCAGGCCAACCACUUCAACCGCUUCGCCAAAGAGCGUAUUCCAUAUGGUAUGCAGCGCUACACUGGCGAGACAGAGCGCCUGGUGGGCAUCCUAGACUCGCAUCUGGCUAGCAAAGACUAUCUGGUGGGCAAUAAGUUUAGCAUUGCCGACAUUGCGAGCUUUGGGUGGUGUCACAUGUUGAGCUUCACAGGCGUCGACCUGGACGCUUUCCCCAACUUGAAGAAGUGGUGGGAGAGAAUACUCGCUCGCCCUGCGGUGCAGAAAGGACUUGCAAUUCCCAGCAAGAGCGGGUUCGGAAACGAUGCCUAUCUACAGAGACUGAAGGACGACAAGGAGUUUGCGGAGAAGGAGCAGGAGGUGAUGGGGCAGAUCAAGGCUGCCAAAGAGCAGUAUGGGUACAAGUACUCUAGCCCUUGAGAGUUGUAGCUGGCUACUUGAGCAACAGACAUGGUGAUU